AUGUUUAAUGCCUCUUCGGCUAAUCCUUUGUAUGUGACGAGCUUCACCGAUGUGCGAAAUAAGGACCACACGAUUCUGGCGCCGAUUGUGACCCUCACGUCGGUUUUGACUGAAACGGUUCACCCAACCCAGGCCAUCACUGAAGCGGUUACCAUUACGCGCAGUCCAACGACAGUGUAUACAGAACCUGCCCCUUCCCAGACCCCUCAUUCAGAGAUAGAUCCUCAGCAAAACUCUCAGACGUCGACGAAGACCAAGAUAGAGACCACUCCGACGAUUGUCGAUUCAUCGACCAGUCAGUCGUCAACAUCCUCGGAAGAUCUGACCACCUGGACUACAUCCAGCUCAUCGUCGCUACAGGCUCAUGAGCCAUUCCGUACAUCUGAAAUCUCUGUCUUCUCUUCCAGUACAGAUGUUCACCUGAGCGUUGCCGACGCGACAUUGGCUAGCACCUCGAAUUUAAAGACACCAUCUUCCACCUGGCCAAGUACCUCCAUUAUGUCAACAGCAUCUGCCUUUCGGACAAUGGCACCGGUUGAAACCUUCUCAUCUCAAUAUUCACCAACAGCGUCGCCUUCUAUGACCAUGGGAAGUGCCUUCGCGGACCCAAGCACCUCUACCAAAGAGUCGACAGGAAACCAAACCAGCCACCAAAAAGUAGGCGCAAUCGUUGGCGGAACUGUUGGAGCCAUAACAUUCAUCGCACUUGGCCUCCUAGCUUUUUUCCUCUUUCGUCGCAGGCGAUGGACAAACCCACACAGACGCCAAAACAGCAGACAAGGACUGCUCCCAAACCGAGACUCCACAAGCUCGUUUCGCGGUCACACCCGCAAAAUCUCUCAGCCAUAUUUUUCCGACAAAGACGGCCCGGCCUGCAUUCCAUCGGCCCCGGUUUUUCCUCCUCGACGGAACUACUCAGUCCCAAGUCACUCUGAUCCAGCCUUCGGAGCCUCAGCCCCGAGCCCGUGCUUGGAAAAGGUGUAUCCACACGGUGACGGUCACUAUGUCUACAUGGGAGAUCCAAAUGAAGACCUUGAGCGCAGUCCUUCUUCACCGAUCAUCGAGAUCUACCCCCCGUCUCGCUCGGUAUCAAACUACUCCCAGGAGUCAGGCGGGGGCGGGACGCGCUUCUUGGAUUACCAUGACGAAUCACUCCCUAGCUCUCGUCAUGCAAGCUUCUAUCGACCUGGUGAAAGUAGCCUGACCCUCCCUGAUACGUGCAGUCAGGCCUCGAAAUCUCUUGGUACACCCAAGACACGUGACAGCAUUCGCAGUGACCCGUUUGACCUGGAGCCACCUGCCAAUGUUCUGCGCAAGGGGCCUCCCCUACCGUCUUCGCAAUCUCAUUGGAGAUUUGGGUUUUAA